AUUGCCUGAUAGCUAGUAGCGCCUCGCGAAUCAAAAACUAACAACUCGAUCGCCUAGAAGUAGCUUCCCGAUCGAUCGAAACAACGACAUGGAUCCUCGCCGUCAACAUGUGGUGCAGGGCAUCACGGCCGCCGUCAACAUGUGGGACCUCCUCGCCGACGAAGACCCCGGCGACCACCACGGCACCACCGUCGCCAAGUUGCCGCCGCCGCCGCCGGAGACCAAAUCAAUGCGCAAGAAGGAGAAGAGGAUGGCGGCGGCGGCGGCGGCAGAGGACGAUGCUGCCAAGGUGGUGGUGGCCGCCGCCGACGCGCCGGCUGCUCCUAAGGAGGUACCUAUAGUGCGCAGGCGCAGCAAGAAGGAGAAGAAGGUGAAGAAGAAGAAGGCGAAGGUGGCGCCGGCGGCUCGUAACGUGGAGGAGGCGGUGGAUUCAGCGAGUGGUGGACUGGAGCGCGAGGUGGCGGCAGGAGGUGACGGCUGCCGCCGGUCGCCGUGCCUGGCGGUGGUCGGUGAGAUGUUGAAGGCGGUCGUCGCGGCGGGCUUCGUUGCUUUCUUCUACUCUGUGGUGACUGCGUCAACCACCGUCUGAAUUUUAUUCCUCAGAUUAGUUAGUUUUUACCUUUUAUUCCUCAGAUUAGUUAGUUUUUAUCUUUGUAAAUCCAACACGUACGAUCAAAUAUGGUACACUAUUCUUCGCUGUAAAUG